UCCCCCCGUACCCCACACCCCAAGGAACACAUGCACGCCAGCUGACGAUAGUGUGCAGUGUGGGUCCAUCAGGUGUGGUAUUGUGAAGUGUGGUUUAACAGUGAAUCACGGCUGUUAUAUAGCACCGUAGGGAUUGUUUUCAGUGUCAAAGGAUAUCAAUAUUUUUUACAGUGACGGCUGGGAUAAAGUGAAGAGAAGAGGAGAGAGAAUAAUGUGAACUAGACUGAGAAAAGUGGAUGGAUUUAAGCUUCCAGUAUCUGACCAGUCCAGCCCAAAGCAUACGUGGUGUAAUGACAGCUUGUUGCCUCCUACAGUAAAUUUAACCGGAUUAUAGUGAUUCUAUUUUCGAAUGGUUGUUAAUGGUGGGGUGAUAGUGAAAUGAGUGAUGGUGACCUACCAUUCCCAUAAUUCCCUCGCCUCAUAUUCUUAUUUCUCAUACACCUGAUAUAGUGUUCUCAAAUUCCCCAUCACUGGUAAAUGGUACCAUCUUCCCUUCAUUUCUUAGUGUUCCUAUCUCUCUUUCACCAUUACCACCCCAUCAUUACACCACUACUACCACAUCACCCUCACCACACCACCCUCACCACACCACCCUCACCACACUCCACACCAACCAUGUAAGAAGACCAGAACCUUCUUGAAGCUAGUGAAGGGUCGUGUAGGACAUCAUCUCCCCAGUGUGAAGCCCAGUCAACACCCCUGCCUACCAGCCAUGUCUUUCAGCUCCACCUCCGCCCUCAGACGACGGGGGAAGGAUAUUAAGCCUUCCAACUUGGCCAUGGAUAUGGAGUCGAUCAGGGCGCGGCGGGCCAAGCUGGAGGGCAUCUUAAACACCAUGCGACCCCCUCCCCUCACUAAGGACUCCACCUCGCUCUCCCAACCCUCGCUCCUAAGGGCCGGGGGAGCUGGUGGCAAGGGGGUGGUCGGUGCCUGGCCUCGACGCAGACACUCCUCAGAUACCCACCGGACCUUCAGCGACCCCUUGAGCAUACAGCCACUCCCUCACAUGUCCACCAUGACCCCCUAUAAUCCUCCACUACCCAGUAUUGGCAAGAGAAGGGAGACGUCAAGUGAACUGUCCUCUCUAGCUCCCUCCAGGCAGAGUUCAGGGAAACGCAGGACGCCUGAUGCUUCACUUCCAGAGAACAGAGAGAAGCGACCAGUGACCGGGAGGAGUCGGGGAUCUGAGGCAGAGACUGAAGAAGAAGACAAUGACCCAGAGGACUUGAAGUACACACAGGCAACACUGCAGGAGAUCGUGAAGGGGAUCGGCAGCAACAGUCGUGAGCGUCGCCUCAAGAACACCGUCAGGGCUCGUAAACUGCUCUCCAUCGAGGACAGUCCGCCCAUCGGUGACUUCCUGAAGGCGGGGAUCCUCUCACCACUCAUCCCACAUCUGCAGCAGGAGGACGAAGCCACCCUGCAGUUUGAGGCCACCUGGGCACUGACCAACUUGGCAGCCGGCAACUCUGAGCAGACAGGGGCUGUAGUGGAUGGAGGCUCCGUUCCCAUCUUGAUCAACUUACUGCGGUGUAAAACCAUAAUCGUGAAGGAGCAGGCGGCCUGGGCGCUGGGGAACAUCGUCGGGGAUUGUCAGGAGUACAGGAACCACGUGGUGAGGGAGGGAGUCACAGGUCCUCUACUCGACACACUUAAGGACGUCAACAGAAAACCUGCCCCGGUGACGCUCGUCCGUGUGGUGACGUGGGUGUUUGCAGUCACUUCUAAGAGCUCUAAGUCUCCAGAAUUAGCCCGACUGCCUCAAUGCCAGCAAAUAAAGGAAAACAGAAAUUUUAAGGCCCACAAAGUUGAUGCGCUCUGGGCCGUGGGGUACAUCUCUGACCAGGAUGAAAACAGAAUACAGGAGGUGAUAUCUGCUGGUGUGGUGUCCUCCCUCAUCCAUCAUCUGGGCUCUGGUGAGAAGCAGAAGAUAGCCCCAGCACUCAGAGCCAUAGGGAACAUUGCCACUGACAAACGUGGUGUUGGAUGCUGGGGUGCUGCCACUGUUAGGUCAUCUGCUGAAGAAUGGCCACCACAACGCCAAGAAGGAGGCCGCCUGGGCUCUCUCAAACAUCACCGCUGGUAA